AUUUAUCUCCUUGUUUUUUGGUACUGUCUUCAUCUGGCAAACUGUAAACCACUGGCUCCUCAGGCGUCAUGCAAUCCGCGUGACGGUUUAACUGGUAGCGCAAAUUCUGUCACGAUACGCAUUCAGCACUUCAAGGGAGCGUCAGUCAACUUCCAACGAGAUAAACCGCUUCUUCUAACAGUCCUGCAUCACAAAAUAUCAAACGAUGGACAAAUAUACCCAUUGGCCAAAAACCUCAAGGCAAAGUUCCACGGACGAGAAGUUUGUUUCUCGGCAUUAAAAGAAACCAUUUUGGACGCAAAAGGAGCCGAAGAGACCAAACUGUACUCUUGCGAGCACGUGUGUCUGGAAGUUGGACAUGUUCGAAAACUGGUAACUAACUCAUCCUCAGGUGGCCGCUUGCAUCCUGGGACGGAGUGCUGUGUAUGGACACUAGAAAGAUAUCUCCAGCUGGCCGCAAUUGAAAAUGGUCCUCGGUGCUUGCAAUGUAAAGGGCGAGAAUGCCUUAAUGAUAAAAUGACAACCAGACAAUGUCCUCCUGGCGAUAGAUGCCUCGCCGUCACUCUCGAGAAAAAGAAUAAUACUGUAGGAACAAACUCGAGGUAAGUUUUGUAAAAUCGUAGUAAUAGGCGAUUUUUUGCUGAUCGAAUCUUAUCAAAUUUAAAAACUUAUUAGGACAAUUAACUACUAUGGCAACGAGCAUCCGACAAAGUCAGCUGUUCCUUCCUUAUAAAUACAUGAGGUCUCAUGACUAGGAUGCUUGAAACAAAACGUAAAAGUGGGCACCAAACUAGGCGAUAAUCGGCUUUCGUUAAUUUUAGGGGACCGGUUCUGUAGGGAGAAACAAAUAAGUGCGCGAGCAAAAUGACGUGUCAGUAAUGCAACAGAAAAAAAAUAUAUCGCAUGUUCAACAAAAAAGAACGAGAACUGUCGAAAUACUGGUCAUUUCUGGAUGCAUCUUUUACGCACGAAUUACGAAUAUCGCAGUCGGAGCAUUUCUUAGUAAUUUUUUGGAUUUUAGCCAAUUUACCGUAGAUUCAAGUGAGAAUGACACAGAAAAUAACUACGAUGUAUUUUUUCUCGUUCUACAUUUUACAUUUGGCGUAUACAUUCAUCGUAUUGUCCGGUAAACUCGUAGUUUUGCUCUUUCAAAGUUAGCUUUUUCCUCUAAAAAGCAACGGUCUCGUAAAAGUAACCAAAGCCUAGUAAUCGAUCCCUAGGGUGGCACUCCCUUAUGUUGCCUACAAGGGUAUGUCCCGCUGAACAGGGUAUGGCAUGGGUUUAUCGUGUAUAAGAGGGUGUCUUUUAAUUUGGUUAAGGUUGGCGUUGGGCGGUCUACAAUUGUGAUACCAACAUUUUUUAUGAUAUUAGUUUGAAACAUUUUUCAUUCUGUACGCAAAUUGGAACUAACCAGGGGCGUAAAAUACGAUCUUUUUAUAAAGUUCGAUAUCAAACAGCCCCCCCACAUAACCCACAUAAUGGUGCGGAGAAACGGCAGAGCUGGUGACACAAGUCCGCAUUGUAAAAUAAGACGCCUAGCGCUUAAAAUCUGCGUCGCUUUUGUUGGAUGCGUUUCUUUUUUUAAUUGGGAGGAUCCAAGAUUAGUCUCUUGAUCUCAGGUUCCGUUAUUUCGUUCAACCAACAUUGGCGUGAACAGGCAAGAACGUGACGGCAGCCUCAUAUUUUCAAAUCUAGACCGCCCGCCAAGCCGCUGGAAUAAGGUUGAUGGUUCAUAAAUCCUAGACACCCGGAUUUAUGUUCUCUAAUGAAUUCAUUCCUAGUAUGGAUUCUUUUGAAUUAAACGCUCAGAAGAGGCACAAAAUCCGUUUUUGGACCUUCCCAUUGAAAGAAAAGCCCCUAGUUAUUUCUUCAGCCUUCUCCACAAAUAAUUCUGCUUCUUUUGUCUACAUUUUAGCGUUGUACCAAUAAUGCUUGGCUGUUCAACUGACAACUCGUUGCGCGGCUACUCAUGCAACGACGGAUGUAGGGAAGUAAAGGUGGCGGGUUCUGGAACGAGGAAAGUUUGCGUCCACUGUUGCUCUGGCGACGAAUGCAAUAAGAAACAAGAGACCUUCAAAAACGCAACUGAAACUGGCGCAUUCGGAAACAAAGAUACAAUUGAACCAAGAAGUGGCUCGUUUGAUGUUGCGUCCAAUAGGAAGCUGGUAUUGCUUCCUCUUUUGUUGAGUGUAUGGUUCGUCAGAAGCAUGGAAUCUUAG